AUGAAGCUGUCGGGACUGCUGGCUGUGUUUUUCCUCCUCUGCAUUGAGUGGAGCGGUUUCGGGAUUUCGCACCCGAAACCGGCCUGUCGCUACCCCCCAUCUCAGUGGUGCCGGUCCCUGGAAAUUGCGAUAGAAUGUAGGGUCCAGAAACAGUGUAUGGAGGUUAAUGCCACCAGGCCAAACCAGGCUGUUCCUCCGGUGUCUGUCACUCUGUACUAUGAGAGUCUGUGUCCAGACUGCAGAGAAUUUAUCACCCAGCAGCUUUUCCCCACCUGGACAAUGCUGCAGGACAUCAUGGCUGUCACGCUGGUGCCCUACGGGAAUGCCAAGGAGCUCCGCUCAGCAAAUUCUCCCUUCACCUGUCAGCAUGGAGAGCCUGAAUGCAGAGGAAACAUGAUUGAGGCCUGCAUUCUCCAUUUAACUGAACAGUCACUUGCAUUUCACAUCAUCUACUGCAUGGAGUCCUCUGCAGAUGUUCUCAGUGCUGCACAGCCUUGUCUGCAGCUUUAUGCUCCCUCUGUGCCCUGGUCCAGAGUUGACUCCUGUGUCAAAGGAGAUCUUGGAUACCAGCUGAUGCAUGCCAAUGCUCUUAUGACCAGAGCUCUGAAUCCUGCCCACACACAUGUUCCUUGGAUCACCUUCAGUGGGGAAUACACAGAAGAGAAUGAAGACAAGGCAAUGUCAUCCCUUUUCCAAAUGGUUUGCCACCUCUACAAAGGGGUGAAACCUCCAGCUUGCACUGGCGCUUCGGUCCGCCUCGACAGAAGCUUCUGCUGAGCAUAAGUCAGUGUCAGUCCUACAGGAAGGCAGCCAUGUGUAACAUAUUAAAUCAUACUAAUGUCAAGUGUUUUGUUCCAUUAAUAAUUAAUACU